AUGGACCCAAUCUCGGCUCUUAGCCUGGUAGCCAACAUCUUCCAGGUCAUAGGCUUCACCAACAAUGUCAUCGCAAUCUCCAAGCAGAUUUACGACGCCGGGAGCCCUGCCGGCCUCUCUGAGCUUGAGCAGAUUGCGAUUGAUGCGCCGAGAACGGCUGACGAUAUCACAGAGCGUCUCGCCGGAUGCGACCCCGCGCUCCUGGGCUCUGAAGAUUCGGUGCUACUGCGUCUAGGUCAGGAGAUUAUACUUAUUGCCCAAGAGCUGAAGCUCCUCUUGGAGAAGUUACGAGCUAAGGGCGCUGGCGGGAAGCCUUGGCACACUCUUCACCAAACCCUCAUGACCAUCUGGAAGAGAGACGAUAUUGAAAAACUCGAGAAGAGACUGGUUGCUGUCAGGGGAGAGCUUCAGUUUCACGGUGUUGCCCUGAUCCAGAAGAAACUUGACCAGCACUCUCUCCAGCUCCAAGAUGUGGUGGCUCAGCUCGACGACCACGCUCAGGCCGUCAUCCCACAGCUGUUUGGCCAGCUUGACAAGAUCAAGGUGCAGAACGACACCAUAAUCGAUAAUCAGAUGAAUGGCGAAAUAGUAGCAUCUCGCCGACACGAAGAACUAAUGGGUGCUGUCAAGGGAGCAAUGUGUCAGCCCGGUCAACCGUUGCCACCAAACAAGAGAGUGUCUCGCAAGAUGAGGGAAACUGCGCAGAAAAAGAUCCUGGUGUCGUUGUGGUUUGCUACAAUGCAAGACCGGGAGGAUACGAUACACGAGGCAUACCGCAGGACAUACGAGUGGCUCUUUUGCGAUCCUGUCGCGGAGCAGAAGCCUUGGGACAACUUCCGCAACUUUCUCUCUGACGAUGCGGAUAUCUAUUGGAUCACUGGCAAGGCUGGGUCUGGGAAGAGUACGCUGACCAAGUUUGCCACCCAUCACCGCGAGACUUCUGAGGCUUUGUUGCGAUGGGCAGCUGGGAAGCCUCUGAACAUGGCGUGCUUCUACUUUUACUACAAAGGCACCAAGCUGGAAAAGUCAGAGGCUGGUGUGCUGAGGUCGCUCCUCCAUCAGAUGCUGUUCAAGCGGCGCGAGCUCAUCAAAUUUGCUUUCCCUGAGCGCUUCGAGGCUUUUCGCUUUGACCAGAAUGGGGACAGGAGCUUUGAGCCAACGUACUGGGAGCUGAAGAGGGCGUUGGAGGCACUGUUGAAGAGUUGCCCAAAUGAGCGAUUCUUCUUUAGCGUUGAUGGCCUUGAUGAGUACGACGCGAGCAAUCAUCAGAUGGCUGAGCUAGUAGAUGUGUUCAAGGCGCUCUCAGAGUUUCCCAACGUCAAGUUUCUUCUCACGAGCCGUCCCUGGGUUGUCUUUGAGGAACGCCUAGCUGGAUACCCGAGGCUUCGCCUUCAUGAGCUCACGCGGCCUGAUGUUGCCAGUUUCGUGGACCAGCGGAUCAGUGAGCAUCAGUCCUCACAGACAACGAUGGGCGAUGAUACUUCAGUCAUUAGUGCUCUGAAGGAAGAGAUAGUGGAGAACUCUGCUGGCGUCUUUCUGUGGGUGUAUCUCGUUGUGCGGUCCCUGCUCGAAGGUCUCAACAACGGGGACUCUGUCGACGAGCUGCGUGAGCGCAUCCUCGAGCUUCCGACAGAUCUUGAAGACCUUUAUCUGUACAUGUGGAUCAGAAUACUCGAAAGAUACAAACCACAAGUCUCUCGUCUCCUGCAGAUGUUGUCUUUUGGAACGUCCGAGGGAGCUCGUACCAGCUUGCUGGGCUUGGCCCUGGUAGAGGAGCUCGACGAGGAGGCCGUCUUUACCCUGCCGGUGGCACCGCUCGAUAAGGAACAAGCCCAUCGUUGGAUGGACUCUAUGGAAGCCCGUAUAGCUGGCCGCUGCCUAGGCCUUAUUGAAGUGCAGCGUGUUAAGAGAGUCCAGCUCAACGAGGAAACGGUAAUGUGGAGCACGGACUCCUACCGGAACAGCAUCGAGGACGAGCUUGGAAACCCGUUUGUCACGUUUAUCCACCGCUCCGUGUUUGAGUUUGUCUCAUCGCUUGAGGUCUGCAUCAAACUGAAGGAGGCCGCGGGCGCAUCGGCGGGGAGAUCUGGGGAUGCCUUCCAUGCAGAGACUGCCAUGCUUCGUAUGCUGGUUUUUCGAAUCAAGACGUUUGCAGAGCAAGGUUUUGAGAAGGGCGCUGAUAAGAACGUUGUGUUCCCUGCGACUCUUGAGAGGUUGGUCUAUUACGCCCUGACCACGUGUCGACAGACCGAGAAGGCGUCAGGUAAGGCCCAGAGUCGUUUGGUAGCGGAGCUGGACAAGAUCAUGACGUAUCUGUACAAGAACGUGUAUAACGGGCUUGGCAAAUAUCACUGGAGCAACACUCUACGUCUGCUAGGUGAAGUUGGUACGCACGGUAUGGUGUCAGUGGAACAGCUAAAGCUGAGCCAGAGCAGCAUGCUAUCCCUGGCCGUACGAUUUGGUCUCGUCCACUAUGUUAAGGAGAAUGAAUCAGUCAGCAAGGCGGUAAACAGCAAAUCUGGAAGGCCACUGCUGGAUUACGCGUUGAGGCCUGGCUGCAAAGCUCUCAGACGCAACCGCGAGAAGAACCUGGGGCUUCAUCGGUCCUCGGAAAUGGUGUCCUUCCUUCUUGACAAGGGCGCCAAGCCUAGUGAGAAGUUCUGCGGGAAGCAGUUGAUGGAGCAUUUCGUAUGGGACCUGGAAGAGGACCCGGGCAAGAACGAGACUGCAAAGAUCAUUGUGCUGCUGCUCCCGUACGUGCGGGAAUGCAGGCUGGGAGGCCCGUCCUUGAUGAUGUUGAGAGAUACCUUGAACACGGCCCCGCGGGGGCGAAAGAUGGAGGAGGAUACUGAGAGCGCGGUGCAGGUCCUGCAUAGAAUCUACCUCGAGGCGAGCCUGGACCCAACGCGGGCCGUGGAAGAGAGGCUAAAGCUGAACAAUCUUGUCAAGCAUAUUUUUUGUUGUUUCUGA